AUGGCUGCAUUCUCUGACAAUCAUUCCCAGCCGCCACUCUUCAGUAAAGUUAUAUGCGUGCGAUUAUUGUCAAAUCCAAAAGCGGAUGAAAAAGCUCGAAAUAUUCGCAUAACCGUCGAGUUUCAGUCAGUUAGUUCGUUACCAUCGUCACAUCAUCCAAAGGAAUUGAUUAUCAAAUUAACAGAUGAAAGUGAUUUAUUUUUUCUGUAUAAAUUGCACUUGAAUGAAGAAGAUUUUCAAAAUCUUAAAAUAGAACAAGGUUUAUUAGUAGAUUUUAGCGCUUUUCCACAACAUGUAAUCGACUAUUUAGAAAUGUGUGUGCGUGAUCAACAAAAUGAAACAACAGCAAAAUUUCAGUUACAUCUAGUGACAAAGGACUCAUUUUCUGAUGAAAAUAAUGAUCAAACUCAUUUAAAAGUUGUGGAAAUAAGUUCAUUCAAACAUCUGACACAUUUAUCAUUAUUAAUGACACGAGCAAAUGAUAAAGAAAUAAAAACAUAUCUUGCUCGACGUUUACAGUUACGAAAUGAAGAUUAUGAUCGAAUGAGUAAUGAAUACAAUUAUGUUAAACGAGAAUUGGAAACUAAACAACAGUUAUUAAAUGAGAAGAGUAUUGAAUUUGAAAAAUUAAAAUUAGAAUGGAAUUCAAAUAACAAUCAAGUUAUUGGUAAACAUAUGCAAGAAUUAGCCGAAGAAAAACAAAAAUCAUUGCAGGAAAAAACAAGUUUACAACAAAAAUUGGAGAAUGAACGUCGUGAUGUAGAACAAAUUCAUUUAAAAAAUAUAAAACAAUUACAAGAGAAUCUAAAUGAACUUCAAGAUUCAACAAAAGAGUUAACAAGUUUAAAAUAUCGUAAUGAAAUCACUAUAAAUGAAUUAAGUUCAAAAUUGAAAACGACAAAUGAAGAAUAUCAAAAUACAAAAGAUGAAUUAGCGCGAUAUCGUAAAACGAAUACAACAUUAGAUAAUGAAGUACAUCAAUAUGAGAAAACUGUUAAUCAUUUACGAACAAAAAUAGCGUUAGUUGAACAAGAUUUAAAAAAUAAACAAGACUUAUUACAACAAACACAGGAUAGAAUAUCAGUUGAACAAGAAUCCAAAAAAAAACACGAAGAAACGGCUCAAUCAAAACUAGAGAAAAUAAAAGAAUUAAAACAAGAUUUAUUGAAAGGAAAUGAAAUUAUUGUCAAAUAUCGAAAUGAAUUGGAGAAAUGUAAAAAUGAUUUACAAACAUGUCAAACAGAACUAAUCAAAUGCAAAGAUAAAAUGAAAACAAAAGAUCAAAUUGCAACAAAACAAGAACGUUUAUUACAAGAAAAAGAACGUGAAAUAGCUAAUCUUCAAAAAGAGUUGAAUGAAUCGAAUAGUAAAGUAACCAAAGGAAGUGAAACAAAUCUAAAAUUAAAUGAACAGUUAACAGAAGCAAAAGAUUUGUUAAAAAAAAAUGAAUUAUUAUUAACUUAUUUGAAUAAACAAAUAACAGAACAAAAUAUUCAACCAUCAAGAAUAAACACCAGUUCAACAUUAGAUUCAUCAGUAGCAACAACAACAAACCAUUUUAGACCAACCACAUUUCUGACGAACACAAAUAAUGGAGGUGGUCAGUCUCACAUACGUCAUACUACUCCGUACGGUACAAUAUCAUCGAAUGGUAAUGGUUACAUACAAAUGAAUGCUGCUCAAAUUCCUGUUUCUUCAAAUGUGUGUAAUAAUAAUAAUAAUAAUAAUGCCACAAACAGUACGAUAUAUAGACAUUCGACAAUGUCAACAUCUCAAAAUGGUUAUAAAUCAUUGGUAAAUAAUGAUGGUGAUGAUCCAAUGACUAUCGAACCACGAAUCAAAGAUAAAGAACAUGAACGUAUUGAUCCAAAAUAUUUUCAAUUUGGAAAUUCUUCCACUAUAAAUAAUAGAAAUGCGUUAAAAUCAUCAGUAUCAGCAGGAAAUAUUCAUAGUGUACCAGCUGGUUCAUCAUCAUCAGUACAAACAUCAUCACACACAAAUGACAAUGAUAAGCAUAUAUCAGAUAAUACAAAACGUACACUGAGUGCUGUUAUCGUAGGACAAUUUCAAAAUUCAUCAACACGUAUUAAUAGUGAUAAUCGACAACAUCAGGCACCAAAAGUGAACACUACUCCACUGGCCUCAGCAUAUUCGUCAAAUAAACAAAUAUGA